AUGCCAACCUGGAUCGAGCAUCAGGAGCUGCAACAGAGUGUGCCGGAUGAGCUGCAACGACUGCACAAGGAAGGCUUCACUGUCAUCUACCUGCCUCUGAGCGAGCCGCCCGACGCCCUACUGUCCGAAGUGGAGGGUCACCUGGAGGCCAUGGACCCAGCCACGCUUCUCUUCAUGCGGCGGUUGCGGCGGAUUGAGUUCCGUGGGGUGAGCGGCUCUCAAAUGAGCCUCCGCGCCCAGGUGCGAGGCACGGCUGGGCUUCAAAGAGAGGUCGUCAGCGCGGAGGAGAGCAAGGCAGAGCGCCUGACGAUGAGGACGUUCGAGUUCUAUGUCGGGAGGCGGCUUACGCAGAGUGUCUUUGGCGAUGCGGGCACAAAGCGGGCCCUUGCUGUGGCGCUUCCCGUGCCAGAGUCUGCGGGAGUCCCUCAAAGAGCCUUUGCCACGCUGCCGCUUUGUCACACGGGACUUGGUGUUUGCAUCAAUGCCGACUGGGACGUGUCAGCAUCGCGGGAUGGCGUCCACGAAAAUGCACACAACGAGCAGCUAGCCUUGGAAACCGCCAAG